AUGGACCCGGUCCUUGAUGCAUGCCUAUCAACCUCCCGGCCGCUACCCACCAUGUCCCGCCACAAUACAAUCAAGGAUCUACGUUCGCGAAUCAAGCACGAAAACACCAGCCUAGGAUCGGGCACCGCUCACCACGUCGCCGAUGUCUUUAACCCGACCAUCCAUGGCAGCGCCAACGUCAGCGGCAACGGCCACACGAGGCAGGCGCCCAGCAACGUCGGCGCUGGGCCGUCGUUUGUCAGCCUGGCACCGUCCGACUCCAUCUCGCAGAUCGAUGGCAAGACGGGCUACGGCGGCGGCUACUCCGAGACGCCCCAAGGCUACCCGCUCGUCGGCAUCCCUCGCGCCGGAAGCCCCACCAACCAAUCGACGGCCAGCUUUGCUCUGAUGAACCACACGUCGGCGGCCGCCGCCGCAAGCGCCAUAGGACGACCCUCUUCGCCGCUCCGUCCGGCACGGUCCGUGCGGCGGCCCCAGCAGGCGCCAGCAGUGGAUGGGCUGGAACGCAGCAGCACGCUGGCACGGCCGUCGUUGCGCAUCAUCCCUGGCGUGGACGCGGCCAUGUCGCAGCAGCAGCAGCAGCAGCCGUCGCCGCCCCCCACAUCAGCCACUAGGCCGCACGCCGGUCCUGGCCGCGACCUCCUUAGCGCAAGCCGGAGCCAACAGCAGCUGCCCCCACCGACCUCCGUCCAGUCGGCCCACCCACUACAGCAACACCACCAGCCGGCCGACCGACACGCUCGAUCGGCCCAGUUGAUGGCUCAGGUCGCCCUGUCCGCCAACGAUCGCGACGGCGGCAUCUCUUCCGGCGACGAAGACGACAUCUACGGCGGCAUUUCCCCGAUCGACCCUCCCGAGAACGGCUUCUUUGGAUCCAACGGCGGCGGCAGCGGCAAUCGUCUCUCGGUACCUGGCGGCAACAACGGCGCCACGCCCGCAGCGACCAAACGGCAGUCUGGCGCACCGCUGGGAUCCCUCACGCACGCCGACGAGCCGGCCGCCCUCGGUACCGUGCUCGCCGCUCUCAGCGCCGCGGGACGCAAGCACCAGGCAGCGAGGAUCAUGCGGGGCACCACGGCAGAGGAGGAGACGCGGAGGAGGAAGACUGAGAAGAAGAUCUCGGACGUACAGGCGGCAGAGAGGAGGCCCCUCGGCGACUAUGUCAAGCACAGCGACGAACGGGGCUUCCAAGAUAUCAACGCGGUGCUGCGCAAGGUCAAGGCCGAAUGGCCCUUUGUGGCCGACGACGACUUCAACUCGGUCGCGCUGGCGCUGUCCAUGCUCGACGAGAGCUCGCUUGGGGCCAGCCGGCACGACUUUGAGAGCAUGAAGGGGCUCAUAGAGACGUCGCUGCAGGGCACCGUGGAUGACCACUACGAGUCCUUUGCCACGGCCAUCACCCUCCACAACAGCGUCCUGCUGGCGCUGACGGCGGCACAGAACAGCGUGUCGGGCGCAAGGCGGCGGCUCAGGGACUCUCGCGAGGCGCUCGGAGCGAAGCGUGCGGACCUCGUGCAGAUGUGGCAGCGUUCUCAGGCGGUCAAGGAGUCGCUGCGCCUCCUGGACGUCGUCGAACACCUCAAGGGCGUCCCGGACCGGCUCGAGAAUCUCAUGGCCGAGAAGCGCUUCCUGCAGGCCGUCAACCUACUGGUGCGGUCGCUCAAGACGAUCGACAAGCCCGAAAUUGUCGAGGUCGGGGCAACGUCGGACCUGCGGGCGUAUCUCAAGGGCCAGGAGCAGGCCAUGCUCGAGAUCCUGAUCGAGGAGCUCCACAACCACCUGUACCUCAAGAGCUACUUUUGCGACGCGCGGUGGAAGAGUUACGCGGUGGGCCAGGAGGCGCUGCCCGCCGUCGACUUUGGCGUCGCCUACUCCACCGCUCGCGGCACGGACGGCGACCACAGCGAGCAGCCAUCCCCCAACCUGGAUGGCUCCGGUCAGGACGGUCAGAGCAAGAGACCGCUCAAGCUGAGCCGCUAUCUGCAGACGCUUGGCGCACGGCCGGCCUUCGACCCGAACCUGGCAUCCAACAUCCAGGAUGUCGGACUUACGGCCAGCGCGUCACUCUCGGCGCUGACGGGCGAGAUCGCUACGGGCGCCAACGGGCUGGGGAUGCCGUCGUCCUACAGCGUCGACAGCAACGUCAAGGUGGCGGGCGACAGCUUCGGCGUCGAUGUCGGUGCGGCCGAGUUCGAUCAGAACCCGGAAGCCGAUAGCUUCCUCUACAUCGAGAUGCUGCUCGAGAGUCUGGCGAGGCUGGGCAAGCUGGGCACGGCGCUCGACACCGUCAGUCAGAGGUUGCCCAUCGAAGUCCACCAGCUCGUCGACGCUACGAUCGACGAGGUCGACGCGCGCAACGAGCCGAUGCGGCGCUUCUCGGUGGCUCUCCGGCCCGAAUCGGUGCUGCUUGCCUCGUCGUCGGCGCUGGCCAAGUCAUUCUCGGAGUCGUUCCGCGCGUCGCGGUCAUCCUUCAACAUGGGCAACCGCCCCGUUUCGAGCAUGUUGCGGAUCUCGGCCGGCGAGUCGUCGGCGCUGCAGCGCGAGGGCGAGACGAUGCGGGAUCUGUUCUGGACGCUCUUCUCGAAGCUGGACGCGGUGCUCCAGGGUCAUCGUGUGGUCUACGAGGUGGCUGGGAUGAUUGCGGGCCGGUCCGGCUUCAAGGACGAGCUGGCUUCGAAGAGGGUGUCCGGCGUGGCAUCGCUGGUCGAGGUCUGGAAGCCGAUCCAGACCGAGGUGCGCACCCUGCUUCACGACUACCUCAUGGAUGACGAGCAGUCGUCGUCGAGCCGCAACGCCAUCGUCUCGGUCAACGACGUGCUCCGCAGCGGCCGCUUCGGGCGGGAUCGGAGCAAGCAGCUCUUUAAGCUGACCGACUCAGGCCUCAAGACGGGCAAGCGGCAGAGUGGCGUGCUGCGGCGGCACGAAGACGCGCUGACGGCGGCGCUUCGAGCUUCGGUGCCCGGGCUUGUCAGCUCGCUGGACGCGGCCAACGCCGCCGGCAGCACCAUCGGCGGAGGCGCAAGUGCCGCUCCGGCCCGCGCCAACCAGACCAUCGUCUCGUCUACCAGGCAGGACGAGAGCUACGCCGGAGGUGGACAUCGGCUGUUGGUCAAACCGGACGCGUUCAACGUAUCGGUCCUCUUCCAGCCUGCGCUGGCCUUUAUCGAGCGGGUCCAGGCGGUGCUGCCGAGCGAGGCGGCGGGCGAGACGUCGCGCGGCUUCAGCGCGUUCCUCGAAGAGUUCGUCCAGGACGUCUUCCUGCCGCAGCUCGAGGACAAGGUCCAGUCGCUCUUCCAGAACGCGACGGGCGGCGCCGACGCCUUCCAGGAGGAUCCCGCCUCGCGCCGCACAGCGACCCGGCCCGUCGUCAAGUCGGUGACCAACAUCAUCGUGCUGAUCGACAGCCUCUAUUCGAUGCUGCGGACCACGCCGUUCCAUCGCGAGUCGUACUCGCGCCUCAUCAUCACCACGAUCGUCCAGUACUAUCAGAGGUGCGGGGAGCGCUUCAGGGAUCUCGUCGCGGUCGACGCCUCUUCGGCUUCGAUCCCGUCCGCCACGUCUUCCUCCUCCGCGACCUCGGCCGGCGCACGUGACGGGUCCAGCUACACGCUUUCGGCCGCUUGGGCGCAGCGGCCGGAGCUCUACUCCUGCCUCGUCGACAUGCUGCAGCCCGCCAAGGUCGAGGCCGACAGGCUGUCGGAGCUGCAGGCUCAGGAGAACCGCUUCGAGAUGGCGCUGGCGCGCAGCGGCCCGCCGAUCGGCUUCCACGACAUGACGACGUCGCGCAAGAAGCUCCUCGCCCUCGGCCACCUGCAGCACAGCCUGCAGUGGUUCCUCAGCAACCUCUCGCGCCUCAAGGCGGCCGACGAGGACGUGCCGCGCGCCAAGCGGCCACAGGCGCGGCUGUCGGUCAUCGACUCGGUGCCGCGCACCGACGAGGCGGCCGCCGAGGAGCUCAAGCUGCCGCUCAGCAAGGACAUGGCGGCGCGGUACGAGGCGCUGCCCAACGUCUACCGCCACCUGUCAAACGUCAUCCUCUUCACGCUGCGCAUCGAGCUGCGCGUCCGCGUCCUCUACCACCUCGGCCAGGCCGUCUCCGAGGGCAACUACGUCCUCAACGACGACACGGCCAUCGAGCCGUCGCCCCACGUCGUCGACCUCAACGCCGAAAUGGCCCACCUCGACGACAUCUUCUCCGACACGCUGACGCCCGACAACCGCCGCUUCGUCUUUACGGGCCUCUCGUCGCUCAUGUCGGCGUUGCUGAUCCAGUCGGUGCAGCACCUGCGCGCCAUUAACCGCGCCGGCGUGACCAAGAUGAUCCGCAACAUCCUGGCGCUGCAGCAGAACCUGAAAAACAUUGUCGAGAUGCCGCUCGAGGUGAGCUUUGAGCGAUGCCGCAAGUUCUGGGAGCUCCUCAGCUGCGACUCGCCCCAGGCCUUUUUCGCCGCCAUCCGCCAGACGCCCGACGAGCACAAGCAGGGCUUCGACGUGUACAAGGCCGCACUGCUCCUCAUGCUCGGCCUCGACAAUCCGCCACCCGUACUGCCCGGCCAGCAGCAGCAGCAGCAGGCAGCGCCCGCAACGCCCGGGCUCGGUCCGGCCGUCGCGCAAAAGGGUGCCGGCACCAUCGCCAGGAAGUCUGGCGUCGAUGGCGAGAUCUCGAGACAGGACUUCAACGAGUACCUCAUCGAGUUGCACGAGGUUGCGGCCGAGCAGAGCGAUGACGGACUCUGA